GCCCAAGCGAGCACCUCAGAAUCCCGGAAGCUGGAUGCCAGGUAUCUGCACUGAUCCAAUCCGUUGUUCGUGGGACGCAGUCAACUAAUGUGAAGAUUUGUUUCCGAAAGGAGACCGAUUUGCAUUUUUUGGCGUGUGAACGAUGGUCCUCAAUCCUGGGGGCUACAUCCCGGAGCUUUUGGCUGAGGUUUUCGGGCGAUGCAGGUCUGCUCACGCUCCCGAGUUUGCCUUGGCAUCAACGGGCUCGUGAUUCUGCUUCUGAACCUGGGAUACGUUGUGAACAUUCUUCCUGAAUGGACCGAGUCGUCCGAUGUGGGCAUCGAGAUCUUGGACGUCGAGACGACCACCACAACCACACUUGCACCCAUCGCAGUGAAGCGAUUCAAGAACAGAUUUGUUACUACUGUGAGCUUGGUGCACAUCCCCAAAACGGGCGGGACGUCUUUGUACCGGCAGUUCAAAUCAAACGGUUUCAAGUUUGAGUACGAGUCACCCGGCGAGGACGAAAAGUGCUUUCAUGAUCUGAAUCGAAAAGGAGGGAAGUUCGUUGUGAGUCUUUUUCGUAAGCCUCUCCGUCAUGUGUAUUCCUUGUAUUUGGAGUGUAAGUAUGAUGACUGGGGAAAGCGUGUGACCAACCGCACUGCCUUUCCCAGAGAUCCAGCUGAAAACAUUACGCAGGGCUAUGUUCCCGCCUUUGAACGAUGGCUGGAUUAUUUUGCCGACCGGAACGAGUCCGACGAGUUGGAGUUUUCGCUGCAAGGGUCAUCGUUGCACUCGUCCAACGAGUCCGAGUCCAACCAGUCAGGUGCACCGAAGAUUCGGAGUUUUGACGAUUUCCGUUGUUACGACCCGGACAAUCUGCAGGUGAGAUUCAUGACCUGCCGUGAUCUGUGGCCGCAUGGUGGUCAUCACCACCCGGUGGGCUUUCGGGAGAACGCCACCGAAGCGGUGGCCAACAUGAGGAGUUUGGCGUUCGUGGGGAUUGCUGAACAUUUCGCAGCUUCGGUCUGCAUGCUGCGAUUUCAACUCUACCUGCCACUCCUCAACUGCAGAUGUUUGUCGCGGGCCUUGCGGCAGCAUUACGAGACACACAAGGUCCCGGCACACGAUGCGGAGACGCUGAGUGAUCGCGUCAAGAGCAAGGUGGCCAAGCUGUCCGUGGGAGAUGAGAUUCUUUACCAGGCGGCCAAAGUGGAGUUCCUGCGGCGCGUGGCCUACGUCGAAGCUCAGCUGGGGCACCGCAUCCUUUGCGACGAGAGCGGGCGGGGGUUGGGGCCUGUCGGCGAGGCGCCGGCGAAACGCUCCUUUGACUUCGGGUGGCCUUUCCGAUGAGCUGAGCUGGGAGAGUUUGAAGUGGAGCUAAACCGGUGGCGAAUCGAGGUCAACCGAACGGAUAUCCAACGACUCUUUGCAUGUCCCGUGCGAUUCCAAGGAGCUCCCGGCGUCAUCGGCGGCGAACCGCCCUGCGAGAAUCGCCGAGUUGGAGUGCUUGUGACUUGAGAGAUACGAUGCGCCAGCGAAAGAGAUCUGGGCUAGUUCGGUGCUUCGGUGUGCACCGGCUUCUAAAGUUCCAGACGGGACAUUGGAUAGAAUAUUUUUUUUUUGCUCGUUUGACAUGCCUAAAAAUUACUUUCCAGACACACUGGGUGUUUAGAUGUUCCCAAUCCAGUAACAAAUGCGAGAAUUGGUGAGUGCGUGAAGACAUAUUUGUUUUGUCGGAUUUAAUCCAAGGCUUACAGAUGUCAAUAUCGCAUACCAAGGCCAAGCAGGACAGAGGCCCUUUCAAGCUGAGGUGGGAGCCAGCUAUACCAAAUGGUGAAAAUGUGUGUUAUAUUUUCCCCAGAAUUCGCUUCCCUUUCAAAGAUCUUUUCCUGGCUGUUUUGGGGUCCCCUUUGCUUUACACUCGCCUGGCAAAAACACGGAGCUUUUUGCUAGGGUCCUACCUCCGGCUAAAAAAUAUCAGGCGCGGUGGUUUGGAUUUGGAGCUGAACGGGUCCCUGGUUCUUGUAGAGUAGAUGGGUUUCACCCCUCCGUUUCACCACCCAAGCAAUGAGCGGGAAGCUGAAUGUAAGGUGUCUCUUUCCUUUUUUCCAUUUUUUCCUUGAAGGGUACCCUUUUCUGGAGUACUUUGAAGGGAAAGGAACGGAACACCAUCCAUUUUCCGCAAGGUCACUUCUUUUGAGACACACCCAUGAUGGUGGAGCCAUUGCAGCCCUGAAUGACUGUUUGUGCCAAGAACCCUUAUUUAGACCAAGGGCCAUGAACUUCCCGUGUUUCCCCGCAACUCGGCUCGGAAUCAGUGGGUGAAUCCACUCGCAUCUAGAUGACUCAACCAACAGAUUCGUGUAACAAUUUGAGGUGCGCCUUUUUUUUCCAGGGUAAAAGGCCACCUUUUUUGGGCAGCGUUCUUUUUAAAGGGACGCCAACCAGAAAACCGCCCCUUGUGGGGGCCGAGCGCGCCCAACCCUCGCUUUUCAGGAGCGCACUUUCGAUCCCCUCCUCGGCAGGCGGGUUUUGGCCCCGAAAGAGGUGAGGAGUUGUAAAGGGGGAAGCCUCCAAAAAUGGGUAUGCUGUUUCUCUUGGUUUUUUUUUGGGGAUUCCUUUUUUGGCCUGGCUUUCAGGGAAACCAUUUUGGUUUUUGGGGGGAUGGAACCCUUUGUUGCUUGCUUUUUCAAGGACACCUACCUAAAGGGUUGGUUGGCGGACAUAAAGCCAAGUACUUUUCGGGAAUGAACCGUUUGGGAUCCCUCUAACAGGCAACCACCAGCUGGAUGCUUCAGUGCUAGGUCAUUCCCCUCAUACUGAGGGCCUGCAAGCAUUAGGCUGGGUUUGUGAGGCCUUUUACAUCAAUCGAUUUAACCGAAUCCC